UGCAUGUGAAUAAAAAAAAAAUAAUAGAGGGAAAAAGUUUGAGCGGAGAGAGGGAAGCGAGUUCUGAUUCGGUUGUUUACCAUCAAUCACGCUGUUCCUUGCCAGGGACUGGAUGAUUAUGAGCCUCAAGAAACUGAAAAGGGGCAGGAAAAAAAGUGGAGGCAGCAUUCUUCCUAUUUAAAGCUGCAUCACUUGGGGGGGGGGGAGUGUUUGCAGACUCUGCGAGAGCUAGUGCAGUUUUUUUUUUUUAAAGCAGGCAAGCAUCGGGGAACUAGCAGACUUCUUUUCUUUUUCAUCCUGCGUGAGUGCUGAAAGGAAAAGAGCUGGCUUCAUGGUGUUCAAAUAAUAUUUUUACACUUUUUUUUGCACCCCCGCCCCAGGAGGAGGAUAUACAUGUCUAAUAUUUAGACAUGAUGGCAACCUGGACUCAAAGAAGAACUUUGGUCAUUCUUAUUGCUUUUCUAGGAUGUUUGGGAACAAUACGAACACAAGAGGAAGAAGAGUUUGAAGGGGAACUAGAUACCGAAGAGGUUGCCUGCACGCAGAAUGGCCAGGUGUAUCUGAACAGAGACAUUUGGAAGCCGUCCCCAUGUCAGAUUUGCGUUUGCGACAGCGGAGCCAUUCUCUGUGAUGAGAUCCAAUGUCUCGAUGUGCUGGAAUGUGAAAGUCCGCAGGUCCCUCCAGGAGAGUGCUGCCCUGUGUGCCCAAACACAGGGCGCAAUGGAUUUGAAGGUGCUAUUGGUAGAGGACGGAAGGGUCAAAAAGGAGAACCUGGAAUUGUGCCAGUGGUUACAGGUAUUCGAGGUCGGCCCGGACCAGCUGGGCCUCCAGGAUCCCAAGGACCAAGAGGAGAUAGAGGACCAAAAGGAAGACCUGGUGCACGUGGUCCUCCAGGAAUAGAUGGGGAACCUGGUAUACCUGGACAGCCUGGCGACCCUGGGCCUCCUGGUCAACCAUCCACAGGGCCAGAUGGAGUGGGCAGACCAUUUACAUCUCAGAUGGCAGGCCUGGAUGAAAAGUCCGGGCUUGCUGGCCAAAUGGGAUUCAUGCCCGGAGCAGUGGGUCCUGUGGGUCCACGGGGGCCUCAAGGUCUGCAAGGACAACCUGGUGCUCAAGGCCCUUCUGGCCCUCCAGGUGAACACGGGGAUCCCGGGCCAAUGGGGCCAGCUGGUGUUCGUGGUCCAGAAGGCCCUCCGGGGAAACCUGGCGAAGACGGUGAGGCUGGCAGAUCAGGACAACCUGGAGAAGUUGGAUUCCCAGGAUCUCCAGGUGCUCGCGGUUUUCCUGGCGCUCCUGGCCUUCCAGGUUUAAAGGGCCAUAGGGGACAUAAAGGACUCGAAGGCCCUAAGGGUGAAAUGGGAGCCACUGGAUCUAAGGGGGAACUUGGUCCAUCGGGUCAGAUGGGUUCACCAGGCCCUAUGGGUCCUCGAGGAAUGGCAGGAGAAAGAGGACGAAUUGGGCCACAGGGAGCUCCAGGGGGUCGUGGUUCUCACGGUAUGCCAGGGAAGCCAGGGCCAAUGGGCCCCCUUGGUAUUGCUGGUUCACCAGGUUUUCCAGGCAUUCCUGGCAGGAAGGGUGAAGCUGGUCCAACAGGUGCACGUGGUCCGGAAGGUCCUCAGGGACAAAGAGGUGAAACAGGUCAGCCGGGUCCUGCAGGAACAUUUGGCCUUCCUGGCUCCCCCGGUACGGAUGGUUCCCAAGGUACUAAAGGGCCAUCGGGCUCUCCAGGCACUUCAGGUCCACCUGGCUCACCGGGACCUCUUGGUUCUACAGGACCACAAGGGAGCACAGGUCCCCCUGGCAUCAGAGGGCAAAUGGGAGAUCCUGGUGUGCCCGGUUUCAAAGGAGAAGCAGGCCCUAAAGGUGAACCGGGUCCACACGGCCCUCAGGGUCCAAUUGGCCCCGUGGGUGAAGAAGGGAAAAGAGGUCCUCGUGGUGACCCAGGGUCAGUUGGCCCUCCUGGACCUUUGGGAGAAAGGGGUCCUCCCGGAAAUCGUGGCUUUCCAGGUUCUGAUGGCUUGCCGGGACCAAAGGGCGCUCAAGGAGAACGUGGUUCUGCAGGGGCUUCUGGUCCUAAAGGAAGUCAAGGUGAUCCCGGUCGAACAGGAGAACCAGGCCUCCCAGGUGCCAGGGGCCUUACAGGGAAUCCAGGUGUUUCAGGCCCAGAAGGAAAAUCUGGACCCUUGGGAGCUUCAGGAGAAGAUGGCCGACCAGGCCCAGCAGGUCCAAUAGGAAUUCGAGGCCAGCCAGGUAGCAUGGGUCUCCCUGGGCCAAAAGGCAGUAGUGGAGACCCUGGAAAACCUGGAGAAGCAGGCAAUGCUGGUGUCCCAGGGCAGAGAGGAGCUCCUGGAAAAGAUGGUGAAGUUGGCCCUGCUGGUCCCGUUGGUCCACCUGGACUAGCAGGAGAAAGAGGGGAACAAGGUCCCCCGGGUCCUACAGGUUUCCAGGGCUUACCUGGUCCUCCGGGUCCUCCAGGUGAGGGUGGAAAGCCAGGUGAUCAGGGUGUUCCUGGUGACCCUGGAGUUACAGGCCCUUUGGGUCCAAGGGGUGAACGUGGCAAUCCAGGUGAGAGAGGAAAUCCAGGAUCAUCUGGUCUUCAGGGGGAAAAGGGAAUGGCUGGAGGUCAAGGUCCUGAUGGUCCAAAGGGGAAUCCUGGCCCCUCUGGAACUCCUGGGGAUCAAGGGCCACCAGGUCUUCAGGGUAUGCCGGGAGAAAGAGGCAUUGCUGGAACUCCUGGUCCCAAAGGCGAUAGGGGCAGUAUAGGAGAAAAAGGCAGUGAAGGCACAGCUGGCAACGACGGCGCAAGAGGUCUCCCAGGUCCAUUAGGCCCAGGUGGCCCCGCAGGUCCUGCUGGUGAAAAGGGUGAACCUGGCCCUCGAGGUUUAGUCGGUCCUGCAGGCUCUCGUGGAAAUCCUGGUUCCCGUGGUGAAAAUGGCCCAACUGGUCCGGUUGGCUUUGCUGGUCCCCAGGGGCCUGAUGGUCAACCAGGUGUGAAAGGUGAACCUGGGGAGCCUGGGCAGAAAGGAGAUGCUGGAUCUCCAGGACCCCAAGGUCUUUCAGGGUCUCAUGGACCACCAGGUCCUUCUGGGGUUCCUGGACUAAAAGGUGGCCGUGGUACUAAAGGCCCCCCCGGUGCUACAGGAUUCCCUGGAUCUGCUGGAAGAGUAGGGCCCCCGGGACCUACCGGAGCUACUGGCCCAGCUGGGCCUCUUGGUGAACCAGGCAAAGAAGGUCCUCCCGGUCUUCGUGGAGAUCCUGGCUCUCAUGGUCGAGUAGGGGAUCGAGGUCCUGCAGGGCCACCUGGCAGUCCUGGAGACAAAGGAGACUCAGGAGACGAUGGACAACCUGGUCCUGAUGGUCCUCCGGGCCCUGCUGGAACUACUGGCCAGAGAGGCAUUGUGGGUAUGCCAGGUCAACGUGGAGAAAGGGGUAUGCCUGGGCUACCUGGUCCUGCUGGCACACCAGGAAAACAAGGCCCAACAGGACCACCAGGAGACAAAGGUCCUUCUGGGCCACUAGGUCCUCCAGGUACCCAUGGCCCGGUGGGUGAAGCAGGUUCAGAAGGGCCUGCUGGCAAUGAUGGUACCCCAGGACGAGAUGGAGCUGUUGGAGAAAGGGGUGACCGUGGCGAACCUGGACCUGCAGGCGUUCCUGGUUCUGUGGGUUCUCCAGGCACUCCAGGGCCAGUUGGGUCUCCAGGGGAUGCAGGACUAAGGGGUGAAGCAGGCUCUCGAGGUCCAAUGGGCCCUUCUGGCCGUGCUGGAAAACGAGGUUUGCCUGGUCCCCAAGGUCCUCGUGGUGACAAAGGGGACAACGGAGAUAGAGGGGACAGGGGACAGAAGGGUCACCGAGGCUUCACUGGUCUUCAAGGUCUCCCUGGACCUCCUGGUCCUAUUGGUGAACAAGGCAGUUCUGGGAUUCCAGGUCCAUUUGGCCCUAGAGGUCCUCCAGGUCCCGUUGGGCCUUCAGGUAAAGAAGGAAAUCCUGGACCACAUGGGCCAGUUGGACCUCCAGGUGUAAGAGGAACUUUAGGAGAAGCAGGACCUGAGGGUCCACCAGGUGAUCCGGGCCCCCCAGGUCCCCCGGGCCCCCCAGGCCAUCUCACUGCUGCACUUGGGGACAUCAUGGGACACUAUGAUGAUAUGAUGCACGAUCCACUGCCAGAAUUCACAGAAGACGAAGCUGCCCCAGAUGACAACAAUAAAACAGACCCGGGAGUCCAUGCCACGCUGAAGUCGCUGAGUAGUCAGAUCGAAACAAUGCGGAGCCCUGAUGGAUCUAAGAAACACCCAGCCCGCACCUGUGAUGACCUGAGGCUGUGUCAUCCAUCCAAGAAGAGUGGAGAAUACUGGAUUGAUCCCAAUCAGGGUUGUGUGGAAGAUGCUAUCAAAGUCUUCUGCAAUUUGGAAACAGGAGAAUCGUGUAUACCUGCCAACCCAGCUAGCAUCCCACGUAAAACGUGGUGGACUAGUAGAUCAUCUGACCUAAAGCCCGUAUGGUAUGGACAUGAUAUGAAUAGAGGUUCACAGUUUGUCUACGGAGAUAGCGAGUCACCCAACACUGCUGUCACUCAAAUGACUUUCCUCCGCUUGCUGUCCAAAGAAGCUUCUCAGAAUAUCACCUACCUUUGCAAGAACAGCAUAGGGUACAUGGAUGACCAAGCCAAGAACCUGAAGAAAGCUGUGGUGCUGAAGGCAGCUAAUGACCUUGAGAUCAAAGCUGAAGGAAACAGCCGCUUUAGAUACACUGUCCUUCAAGACAGCUGCAGCAAACGCAACGGGAACGCGGGCAGCACUGUCUUCGAAUACAAAACGCAGAAUGUGGCACGCUUACCUAUAGUCGACAUUGCUCCAGUGGACAUUGGAAGUGCAGACCAAGAGUUUGGAAUAGAGAUUGGGCCAGUUUGUUUUGUGUAGUAAAAAAAGAAAGGAAGGAAGAAUAAUAAAAAAUAAAAAGGGGAAAAAAACAUACAUAUUCACAAGCAUUGGGAAACAACAGCAACAAAACACAAGAACUUAGACUGAGUGAAGUUAAUCCUGAGACUCUUGAAAUAAUGGCUGAUAUUGGAAUCAGCAUUGUAUAUAACAGUUCUUUCUAAUUCCCUGGCCUGCUUUAGUUUAUUUAUUUUACUGACUUACACACCUUCAGUCUUAAUUGUCCCAAGUCAACUUUUAAAUGAAGUAAUAGGACUUUAGAAGGACAAAUGACCACCCUUUGAUGCAAAAAUAGCUAACAUAUACGUUUCUUGAUAAGUAAAUAAAACAUCACCGUCAUAAUUAUUUAUACAUGGGGUUUCUGCUCAGUUUAAAAUGGGCGCAAUUCACAUGAAGCAAGUACUCUAAACAGAUGGGUAUAUGUAAGACGGUCAAUUGUCCACCAACUUAAAACACUAGUGCACCAGUGAGGCAUUGAUUUUUUUUUUAAAAAAGCCAACAGCCCAAUAACUGGUUGGUUAAUUCAAAUCACUAUGUGAAAUUGACCCCGAACCACCUAUUGGCCCUUACUGAUCCCUUAGAUUAGCCAAGUCACAGUGCUGUGGUAAAGGAAGAAAAGUCAAAUUAUCCCUUCUAUGUAACUCUUAAAGGUACAUAGGCCCCCUCAGGCUCUCAACACAGGAACUCUAAGGCCACUGGGCCCACAAUCUCCAAAGCUCCCUUACCUUUCCAUUUCUUUCUUGCUAAUGGUACAAAACCACUCCUGUCCUUUUUGCCCUGUGUGACGUUUCCUCGUGUCCCACUUUCUCCUUAAACUCCUGUCAUUCAACAUUGUACCACCACUCAUUUCCUCAACUCCCUGCUUUUCAGUCCAUUUCAUUUGCUGCUUAGCUUCCCCCCCCUUCACCUCACACCACUAUCAAUUCUGCACCUGGGUUAGGUAACUCAAGGAAAUUCUCUAUCUCCUGGGGCCCACUUAGCUUUCCAGUUUGGGGUCACCUUGCUUUAGCAUAUAGCUCUUCCUAUCCCUACAGCUCAUGUUAGGGAUUCCCCCAGCCAGAGAUUUCACUUUCGUCAUGAAACCUAGAAUGUUCAGAAUAUUCUGUGGGCAAUUUCACACUGUAGAAUGUUCUUGAACAUCAAGGUAGCUCAAUGAAACAUUGCCAAGGGAUACUACUACCACCGCUGCCACCAGUUCCUCCAGUGAAUCACACUAUGAAUUGUAAAGGUGUGGUAUACUGUCUGCAAACAGAACAUCAUUGCUUCAGCUCUGCUCCCAGUUUCAAUAGUCAACCAUAGUAGGUAUUCAAUACACAUUUGGAAGCACUUUGGAACAAGGUUAAUGCCUAUUUAACUGAUAUUAACUCUCCCGUUGUGUUCAUGUGCAUCCUGCCAGGUCUAAUUUCCUUGUUUCUUGAGCUUAUGCCCUUCUGAAACAGCAUAGAAAAUAGGCAAAAGGUGCGAGAGCCUGCAAUUUCCGAAUGUUUAAAUGCAAAUCUGAUGCCUCCGAUUGGCAACGGUCAUUGGAAGCUUGCCAACCGUUCAUCAGACGGUUUCUGACCGCAAUGAUAUUACAAAGGCUCUCUUCUUUUGCAAUUUUGUCUCACUUUCAUGAUGUAAGUAGGGGAAAUUAAUGUCAGAGUCUAUCCUUAGUGCAACAAAGGACUUAAGUUUCCAUGAGCCAUGGGCAACGUCCUUAAGCUAAGCCUUUUCAAACUAUUGGAAAAAUUUGAAUCUGUGAAACAGCCUUCUUUCUGCUUUUGUUUGACUUCCCGAUCAGAUAGGAUUAAAAGAAGAGAUAUGCACGCAGUAGAGAUGCAGCUGAAACUGCUUCCCGAUUUCGAGGCAGCGGCUCCUACUGCCAAAUAAACAAGCUGCUGUAAAGCUGAGCAGUGACUUGGCAUCUGCUGCAGCAAAAUUUGCAACACAAAGCUGCGUACCACCAUUUGCAAGUGUGUAUAGACAUCCUUUUCAGUCCUGGCCACCCUUUGCGAACCAUCAAGCACUCUGAUGAAGGCUAUCCUCUGGGAUCGUAGGGAAUAAUGCAUGUAGUGUGUUUACGUACUCCGACACGGUGAAGAGAGCUGAAGUAGAGAUGAUGUACACAUUCCUUAUGGCUCGAAUUCUACAAAAUUAAGAACAGCACAUGCUAGCUAAUGUAGUUAGCUAAAUGCAUAAUUCCAAUUACUGUUAAUAAGUCAAUGGUUCGGAAAUGUUUUACCCCAAAGUCUCCAGUUCAAUAUCAGUGGUUGGGAUUGGGGUGGCGGUUGGCGGUUGGUUGCCCCUCUAAAGAGCAAUCCCUCUAAGUUAUAGUCAGUGGAUACAGUUUUGUUGCAUUGUGGUCAAAGUCAAAACUCCCGAAUGACUUCAUGACAUCGGGAUUUCCCUACCGCCUCCAGUGUAUUGCCCAGUUAUAUGUGUGUUGUCAUGUAUUCCCAUAUAUUAACCCCCAAACCAAGUAUUAAUAUAAAUUACUGUUGCUGAGAUACACUUUCGCUUAACAACUGGUCAUGCAUCACCGGAAAUUCUGACUUAACUGCCGUGAUCAAUCAGGGCAAGCAAAUGGUCCAUCAUUUCUUAGCAUGAGCUACCUCAUCUAUUGAAGCUGGGAUGCAUUUAAUAAUCUAGUGUUUGUUCUAGAUACAACAAGGUGCUAUGCUUCUGUUAUAAUUCCAAGAAUGGAUAUAGGCAGGGCAAUAUAAGGCAGGGCAAUAUAAUAUAAUAAAGUAAAAUGGUUUGUUUGUUUUUUUAAUUAAAAAAAAAGGGAAUGGUGCUAAACUGGUGUCUGUAAAAUCCUGAGAAAAUAAAAGGCUGUUGCCAUCAACUUAUUUUUUGGGUAGAAUUUAGUAUUAGUUUUCUGGUGUCUGGGAGAAAGUUAUUCUGUGCAUUUUUCUCCCUUAUGGUUAUACCAUAUACGGAAUGCUGUGUACAUCAGCGUAUCUUUUUUUUACACAGAGCAUGUGGAUACAGAGGUCCGUUCCUUCCUUGAAGAAUUAUGCUCUCUCAUUUCUUGUUUUGUUUCUUUUGAAAAUAAACACACACAAAAAAGAAAGAAAAGCCAUACGCAUAGCUUUAUUCAUGUAUCUUUGCAAAGCAUUUAAUUAAAUACAAGUUUCUUGUUGA